GACCCCGGAAGUUAAAUGUCUUCCUCGUCAAGUCUUCCCAAAUACUUCCGGUAGGUCACAUUUCGCGCAGUUUCGGAAAAAAUGGCGGAUAUGGACGAAUUGUUCGGGAGUGAUGGAGACAGUGACAAUGAGCAACGAGAGUCUGGUUCAGGCUCCGGUUCCGACUCAGAGCAAGAGAGACCGCGUUCUGUCAGCAACGCCUCUGGCAGCGGCAGUGACAGUGAGAGAGAACGAGAUGAUGAGGACGAAGAGGAAGGCCACGAAGGAGCAAAGCCCAGUAUGAAUAAGGAACUGUUCGGGGACGACAGCGAGGAAGAGGAGCACAGUCAACACAGCGGCAGCGGACACAGCGAUAACCAGUCUGAGCGGUCGGGCAAUCAGUCGGACGCCAGCGUGCACUCGGAUCAGGCUGAGAACGAACACUCCGACGCGGAGCAGCACAGCGGCUCGGAGUGCGGUCGUCGAGACGAUGACGAGGAGGACGAGGAAGACGGAGGCCGGCGGUCAGAUGGUGGAAGCCCGGCAGGCAGUGGGAUGUCUGGAGGGGGAAGUCCUCACUCUGAGAGGGGCAGAGUCCGCUCUGACAGAAGUGUUCACAGUGACCUUGGAACCCCGCGGUCGGGUGUGGGCACCCCUCACUCUGAUGGAGAAGGGUCAGGCCGAGUGAACCAUUCAGAUGACGAGAAGUGGGAAGGCGGGGCUAAGAGUGACCAAUCAGAGGACGAAGAGGAGAAACGGCAAUACUCGGAUGAAGACAGGGAGAACUCUGACGAUGAAGGGCCCAGGAACAGAAAGUCAGAAUCUGCAAAGGGAAGCGAUAGCGAAGAUGAUUUCAUCCAUAGGAGAAGCAAAGCAAAAGCCGCUUCAGACUCCGAUUCUGACAGCGACAUGGGUGCAGAUGAUAACAAGAAGUCUGCGGCGGAUGAUCUUUUCGGCGAGGCUGAUGACAUCUCUUCUGACAGUGACGCAGAAAAGCCGCCGACCCCGGGACAGCCCAUGGAUACAGAAGAUGGCCUGGAAGGGGAACAGGCAGAGGAGGAGCCUGUGCCUGAGACUCGUAUCGAAGUAGAGAUACCCAAAGUCAGCACUGACCUUGGCUCUGAUCUUUACUUUGUUAAGCUGCCCAACUUCCUCUCCGUAGAGCCCAGACCUUUUGACCCACAGUACUAUGAGGAUGAAUUUGAAGACGAGGAAAUGCUGGAUGAAGAAGGACGCACCAGGCUCAAACUGAAGGUGGAGAACACCAUUCGGUGGCGAGUCAAGCGAGACGAGGAAGGAAACGAAACACGGGAAAGCAACGCGCGCAUCGUCAAAUGGUCCGAUGGGAGCAUGUCCCUCCACCUGGGGAAUGAAGUGUUUGACGUUUACAAAGCUCCUCUUCAGGGAGACCACAACCACCUGUUUAUCCGCCAGGGUACUGGCCUGCAGGGACAGGCUGUGUUCAAAACCAAGCUCACGUUCAGGCCCCACUCCACUGACAGCGCCACACACAGGAAGAUGACCUUGUCCCUGGCCGACCGUUGUUCCAAGACGCAGAAAAUCCGAAUCCUGCCAAUGGCCGGACGAGAUCCAGAGUCGCAUCGUAAUGAAAUGAUCAAGAAAGAGGAGGAGCGGCUGCGAGCGUCGAUCCGCAGAGAGUCGCAGCAGAGGAGGAUGAGGGAGAAGCAGCACCAGAGAGGCCUGAGCAGCAGCUACCUGGAGCCCGAUCGCUAUGACGACGACGAAGAAGGGGAGGAGUCCAUCAGUUUGGCAGCCAUCAAGGGCAAAUACAAAGGAGGAGGAGGAGGAGGAGGCUUGAGAGAGGAACGAGCGAGGAUCUACUCGUCCGACAGCGAUGAAGGCUCCGACGACGACAAGGCGCAGAGGCUGAUUAAGGCCAAAAAGCUGGACAGUGACGAGGAGGGUGAGGGGUCAGGCAAACGAAAGGCAGAGGAUGAUGACGAAAUUACCACAAAGAAGGCCAAGAAAUAUGUAAUCAGUGAUGAAGAAGAGGAGGAGGAAGAAGAGGAGGAGGUGGAGGGAGCAGAGGGGGAGGAAGUGGAGGAGGAGGAGGAGGAGGAUGAUGAAUAACUCUUAUUACAUUAUUUUUUUUUUUAUUCUUUCACCGAACCAUCAAUGCCCAGCCCACAUGGCUGAUAAACAGACAUCCCUUGUUUUGUAUAUUUUGUAGGUGUGUACAGUUGCACGAAUGCUUAUGUCGUGUGCAGCUGAGGCGAGAAAUAAAGAAACAGUUCUCUUAUGUAACUCAUCGCUCCCAAGGCCUUUUCUAACUUUUUUUUUUUUUAACAAUAUGAUUCAAAUGCAUGAGUCAGACAAUAGCAAGGUUAUGAAAUUUAAAAUGUAUAUAUUUUUUCCCAAUAAAAGAGGGGUUAUUUGCGUACUACUUUA